AUGGCUGCAGCACCUACUCUCUCAGCGCGAAGCGCCUACCGGCAGCUGCUCCGGGCCACCCGCAUCGCCUUCCAGGACGAUGUACGCGUGCUCAUUGCUGCCCGUCAGGAGGCUCGCCGGAAUUUCGACCAGAACCACCGAGUUGGAAUCGAUACCCCGAUGCACAUCAACCACGCCAUCGAAGUGGCUACCAUCUUGAGACAUAAUAUCGUACAGGGAGUGAAGGAUGGGCAAAAAGAGGAUUCAAAAUGGGAGCUCCGCAUCCACGAUGACAUCGAACGAGGAGACAACGACUCGGUCAAGAUCGGAGGGAAGAGCGUCAAGAUUGACAAGGCUUGUGGAUCGUAA